AUGAGCAGUGGGAAUGGUGAAACAAAAGUUUCAAAAAACGACUUGACUGCUGCUACUGCAGCUGCUACAGCUGCUCCCAAUAGUGACGAUGCUGUCGCUAAAGGUUCUAACGUUAGCGGAAGAGCUUGGAAGGUAGCCAAGGGCCAAUUCAGAGUGGGUAGUCGACAAGUGAAGAACAAGAAGCUUACUUCGUGGGAAAUUAAGAAGCAGAAAAUGCUGGAGGACAAGCAGUUCAAGCUGAAGCUGAAGGAGCUGAAGGAAGAAAAGGACCAAGCGCAUAAGGAGAAGAUUCAGAACCUGAAGGAACGCAGGGAAAAGAAGGAGGAGCAAGAACGAUACGAAAGAAUGGCCACCAAGAUGCACGCCAAGAAGGUGGACCGUCUAAGACGUAGAGAAAAGCGCAACAAGGCUUUGAAGGAGCGUUGA